AUGGCCGAGGAGGCGGCCACACCAUGGGCCUUGGAGGCGAGGGCAGCCAUCUUGGCAGCCAGGGUCCGGCUCUCACUCUCCAGCUGUUGCACUGAUCACCCUGUCCCUCCUCUUUCCCUACACCUCAUACCCCUCCUGGCCCCCGGCCGAGGCCCAGGCCUCGUGGCAUCAGCCCUAACACUCCCUUCUUGCCAGCAGGAGUUCUGUUACGAGAUCAAGCAUGGGGACCUGGCCAAGAAGUCCCUGGAGGUCACCGUUUGGGAUUACGACAUUGGAAAAUCCAACGAUUUCAUUGGUGGUGUGGUUCUGGGCAUCCACGCCAAGGGGGAGCGCCUGAAGCACUGGUUUGACUGCCUGAAGAACAAGGACAAGCGCAUCGAGCGCUGGCACACGCUCACCAGCGAGCUCCCAGGGGCUGUGCUCAGCGACAGACGCCCACCCGCCACUGCUACCCCUGCCGCCACCUGCGCCCGGCACGGCCGGCCCCGGGCUUCCCCAGCAGCCACCAAGGCCUGUGGCCCCCACACUGGGGGAGAUCCAGAACCCCUGCUUGGACACAGAGCCACUGCAGUCCCCGCUUGGAGGACGUGGAGGGCCCAGCCACUCUGGGACGGGGAGGGCAAGGAGCUGGGGUGGGGGGCUCUCAGCCCUCUGGGGCCCAAGAAGCCGGUGGUGGAAAGAGACCUCAGCACCUGCCCAGGGGAAGGGGACACGCCCAUCUGGGAGCAAAGACCCUUCUAGAGGCCAGCCCUGGCUGAGAGGACAGGAGUGUGGGGGCGCCUUGGCGGACAGUGGGAACAGAGGAGGGAGGUGGUGAGCAGACAGACAGGUGGAGGAUGGGACCUUGAAGACUGGCUGCUCCAGCCCAAGAAAGCCUGACUGCAUCCCUCAUCUCCUUCGCUGCUGGGCAGAUGGAAGAAGUGGGCUUGCCGGCCGAAAGUCUGCCAGAGUUCCCGGAGGCUCCUGAUGACGGGUAAAUUGGCACAUGCUUCACUCAAUGAUUCCACAAGCCCUGGGGGUGAAUGAGACACAGGGCCUGCCCUCAGGGAGUUCCCAUCUAGUCAGGAAGCCGGAACAAACCAUUCCAACUGGGGUGAGAAAUACCAAGACCAGCUUGACCAGUCUGCAAGUACCGUGGGCUCUGCUGACUCUGCCGGGAGGUCAGGGAAGGCUUCCUGGAGGAGGCGGUGCUUCCGUAAGGCCUUGGAGGGUGAGUGGGGGCUUCUAAAAGCAGUCCAGGCAGUGGGAGUGGUCUAAAACGGCCUGGAGAGAGAAAGCCAAUGGGGCUGGGGUGCUGUGGACCCGGGGUCUCCUCUCCAGGGGAGGGUUUGUUAGGAAGGUGUGAGGCUCGAGGCAGGAGGUGGGGGACGUGAUGGAAACACCAUGGAGAAACUGGUGUAGGCUCAAGUUCAGACCUCAGACCCAAGUCUCCCACUCUGAUCUCUUUCUACUCCUGAGGGACCUCAAGGACGGAGCCCGCCCCUCCUCCUUCUCGGCAUAAGCAUCAGGUCAGCUGCGGUGGAGAAAAGGGUCCCUUGUGCUUGGAAAAAAAGCAAGCAUUCCUACACGUCCUGACUCUGCCCUUUCCCCUCCCCUCCACUCCCUGGCUCACACUGGGGGCCUCCGGGUGCUUGCUCGUGGCAUCUUGGUCCCACUACC